AUGGCGCACGUCUUGACCGCCGCGUCCGCCGUCGGCUCCGAGGUCUUCGCGGCCAUCGCCCUGCUCGUCAUCUCCUUUAUCGUCCUCCUUAUCCUCCGGUACUACCUGCCCCUGCGCACGACGCCCGCCUACAUCCUCGUCCCCAUCUUCUUUGCGCUGUGGCUGCCGGCCUUCAUAGUCCUUCUCGUCCCCAUCGAUCUCGCCUCCAGCGCUGCCACCGACGAUGAGGCUGCCCGGGGCAUCUGGUUCCCGCCGCGCCUGCUGCUGGUGUCGUGGCGCAUCACGUACUGGCUGACCUUUGUCCUCACGUGGUUCAUCUUGCCCAUCCUUGCCGAGUACUCCGACGCCGGAUAUCGCGAACCGAAAGACCGCCUUCUCUACUCCUUGCGCGAGAAUGCGCAGUACCACGCGAUCGUCCUCGGAUCUGGCAUUCUCGGGCUUAUAUACGUUUUCAUAUCAUAUGGCAUUUCAUUCAACUCGAUGAAAGGCUUGGUCAUGGCCCUGGCGUACUGCUGGGGCCUGGUCCUCGCCAUCUACCUGAUGGGACACGGACUUGUUUCGAUACCGCGAAGUCUGAUUAGGAAGGGAAGCAUCAGCGGCCGGCUACGACAACUCCAGACCAGGGCGCCCAAGGUCUACGAGAAGAUGGAGGAUUCGCUCGCAAACUUGGAGGAGCUCGAAAUCCAGGUUUCGGAGCUCAGUAAGCGCAAAACAGGCAGUGCCAGGAUCUACCAGGACUGGAUCGAAGAGCUGGCCGACAUGUGUAGUGUUCCGGAAAGCAGGCCAAGCAGCGUCCUACCGAGAGUGGGAGACGAGAGUCGCAUCCUGCCAACCGUCAUUACCGAGAAGUACUUGGCCGACCUUACGCGACAGCUUGAUUCGGCACGACAUGCUCGGUCUAGAUACGUCGAUGAGUGGAACCGUCUCCUGGAACAUGCGUCGAGGACACAGGCAAUCUUGGAUUCGGGACCUUCGAAGAAGCUAGAUUUCGGCCGGCCCAGUCCAGGAUCUUCUAUGUUCGGCAGCCUAACUCUGCUCACGCCAUACAGCCGUUACUUGCUACAUUUCCAUGUCAAGCCUGUACUGAGUGUCAUUCUCGGUGGAUUCCUUGCCAUGGCGUCUGCUUGCAUCAUUUGGUCAGAGCUGGUCAAGGCCGCCUUGCCUUCACUGUCAGUGAUCCGUCUUACGGUGGUCCACCACUGGACAGGAGACAAGGGUCAGGUCGGCUUCGCCGGCCAGGUCAUUGCUGCCCUCUGGAUCUUGUACAUGUGCACGGCUGCUCUGGUUUCGAUGACAGAAGUCAAAGUCUGGAGAGGUCGAGCUCUGGUUCGACGCAAUACCGCCUAUGAAUCCGCCUUUUGGUACGCCGGUCAAGUCGCUCGACUCAGCGUUCCACUCUCGUACAAUUUCUUGACGUUCCAAUCUCCGAAGAUUUACACGCAAACUACAUUCUACGACUUUCUUGGAGACAAGAUCGACCUCACACCUCUUGGAAAAUGGUUCGACUAUUUGUUCCCGAUCCUUGUGUUACUACCGGUGUGCGCUACACUUUUUGGACUUUACGGGAAAGUCAAGCGCAUGUUUGGCUUCGACAUGGAGCUGGUGACCGACGAUGAGGACGAGCCUGCAUACAGCUCUGGGUCGUGGCGCGAGGGCAGGGACUUGAUCGAGCGCGAGCUGAAUGGAGCCUCCAUCUCCAGACGAGAGGCCGUGACGGGACGGGCGGUGGGAUCUCGAGCAGCGCCGAUCCUGUCCGUGCCGGCGGCUAGGACCGAUGGUACACGGACGCCGUUUGCCACUUCACCUUCGUACCGGGAUAACCCUGCGCGCCCGGGCCAGUCAUCAAGAGGUGCAGCGGCUGGUCCCGACCCCGAGGACGACAACUUCUUUGCGUCUUUCGGUCAUCGCUUCAAGAAUACAAUAGACAGCAUCGAUACCCCGAAGUGGAUCCAGGAGAUCGGGGACGGCUUCAAGAAGCCCAAGUGGAUGGGCGGAGAUGACGAUGACGGUGGUGCGGACGCCAGCGGAUCGGCCGCUGGUGGUACCGACAACUCCGAUGUCAGGAGGUGGUUCGGAGGAGAAAGUCGGAUAAGGCUGUGA